GUAUGUAACAUCAGAUAGGUGAACCGUAACGUGUAGGUAACUAGUCACGAUCAGCUGUAAAUGUGGAUGUUGUAUGUAACAUCAGAUAGGUGAACCGUAGCGUGUAGGUAACCAGUCACAAUCAACUGUAAAUGUGGAUAUAAAAAAACGAAACGAAAUAUAGAUCUGUAAUUUAAUUAAGUUAUAUAUCAUCAAUUCAGUAAGAAAAACAGACAAGAUGCAUUUGGAUCAAAUAGUGGAAGAAAUCGGAUCUUUCGGGAAGUUCCAGAUUUUGGUGAUGUUUAUGGUAAUGGUUCCCAAGUUGGCCAUUGGAUACAACAUGCUGAUUAUGUCAUAUGGUGCUUACGUCACUGAUUGGUGGUGUGUUGAUGACGUCAUGUCUAAUAAUAGCAGAAAUAAUGUGACGUAUAAAUAUUGUAGCAAUGAUGACAACUCCACGUGUUCUAGAGUUUAUGAUGACUACACAAGAACAGUUGUGACAGAGUGGGAUUUGAUGUGUGAAAGAAAAUGGAUAACUCCUAUUAUAACAUCCAUACAAAUGGCUGGUGUGUUGGUUGGUGCUGUGAUAGCUGGUCAAUCAGCCGAUACGUUUGGUCGUAAAAAGACAUUCUAUUUGACUCUAUUACUACAUUCUAUUCUGACUGUUGCUAUAGCAUUUGUUACGUCAUGGCAGGCCUUUACAGUCAUGCGCAGUCUGAUUGGAGCAAUUAUUGGGUCAUAUCUGGUCGUCAGCAUGUUCCCAGUAGAAUUUCUGGGAUACAAAUGGAGACCUUCGUUGACGGUUAUUCCGUUCUGGGCGACAGGAGUUUUCUUUCUAGUUCUUGCGUCCUGGUUGAUGCACGAUUGGACGUACGUUCAUGUCGCUGUUGGAGUCAGUACGGUACCGUUCUUAUUGGGUUGGUUUAUUGUUCCAGAGAGUGUCCGGUGGUUGGCUGUUAAGGGAAAGAUUGGUGAAGCUGAGAGUGUCAUAGAACGAGUGGCGAUGAUGAACGGUAGAAUUAAACCAGAUAAAACCAGAGAAAUGUUGAUUGAACUGAGUCAGGAGGAGACAGAGAAGACGAAAGGCGGGAAGAAAUAUUCUUAUAUAGAUUUAUAUAGGGGAUGGAAAAUGGCUAAACAUACGAUAAUAACUCAUUUAGUAUGGUGGUCAUUAUCGGCUUCAUAUUAUGGUUUUGCCUUUGGUGUGGGUAAAUUUUCUGGAGGUUUUUAUUUGAAUAUGUUCCUUAUGAAUAUUUUAGAGUUUCCUGUGUUUAUACCAGUAAUAUAUGCCAUGAAUAGAUUUGGUAGAAGAAAAGUGGCGACCAUUAUGUUUGCUGGUGCUACAUUGUCAUGUAUAGGUGUUAUUAUUAUUCAAAAUACAGUGACUGGUGGUCAAAGGGGAAAUAUUAUUACUGCCCUGUCAUUGGCUGCUAGAAUAUUUACAAGCGAGGCUUGGGCGGGGCUUAUUACAAUGACCAAUGAAAGUUAUCCUACAGUCAUCAGGAAUUUAGGAUAUGGUGCAGCGAACACUGCGGCUCAUGUUGGUGGAAUAGUAGCACCGUUUGUAUUUGCUGCGAGUGAUAAUGAAAUGGUACCAUAUAUUAUAGUGAUUGUAAUAUUAGGAUUAAGUGGGGUUCUCACCAGGUUAUUUCUACCGGAAACUCUAGGAUUAGCCAUGGAAGAUAUUCUACCAGGUCAUGACAGAACAGAUGAUGAACCUACAACAAAAACUCAAAACGAACAGAAGACCUCGGAUAAAUAUAAAAUGGAAGGAAAAUCAACGGAGAUGGGAAAAACUGAAAAUGACGAGAGUACUAAAUUAUGAUUUAUCAAUAGACUGGUGGCUGAAAGCGAGGAAGGGGGGGAGGGUGGCCAUCCGAGCUGUGAAUUUAUGAGACCAAGUUUUUCUAGACCUGAAUCUGUGAGGUGUUCAGGCGUUUGAGGGGGCGUUUUUCGAGAUGUGGGGGGUCAAACGCCUGAUCACCACCCAGAUUCCAAAUCUAAGCAAGAAAAAUGGUUUAGAAAAACUUUGUCUCAUAUCACAGAUCGCGUGGGA